AUGGGUGAUAGGCUGCGCCUGGCCGUUGGAGUCAUGGGAAAUGCAUCUUCUUUGUUGCUUUAUGCAGCACCCAUCUUGACUUUUUCCAGGGUGUUAAGGAAAAGAAGCACUGAGGAGUUCUCAUGCGUUCCUUACAUUGUUGCACUGUCAAACUGCCUCCUUUAUACUUGGUAUGGAUUGCCUGUUGUGAGCUACAGGUGGGAAAAUUUCCCUGUGAUUACCAUCAACAGUUUAGGGAUAAUAUUAGAGUUAUCCUUCAUCUUCAUAUAUAUUUGGUUUGCUCCAACCAGAGGAAAGAUUAAGGCUGGUGUUAUAGCGACAACCGUUAUCCUAUUGUUCUCCAUCACUGCAAUAAUCUCAGCUUUAGUUUUCCAUGAUCAUCAUCAUCGCAAAGUUUUUGUUGGAACUGUUGGACUGGUAGCCUCUGUGGCAAUGUAUGCUGCUCCACUUGUGGUUGUGAAACAAGUUAUAAUGACAAAGAGUGUGGAAUUCAUGCCAUUCUAUUUAUCCUUUUUCUCGUUCCUGGCUAGUGUACUUUGGCUGGCCUAUGGACUAUUGAGUCAUGAUCUCCUUCUUGCGUCCCCAAAUGUGGUUGGUCUCCCCUUAGGCAUCCUGCAACUUGGACUGUACGGCAAAUAUAGGAAAAGAGGAAUUAUGGAAGAACCAAGCAAAUGGGAUUUAGAACAGAACAACCAGGAGAAAUCCAAACAAAUGCAGCACGUGACCAACGAAAAUAUCAAUGGAAAGAGCUGA